CGGAAAGAGACACCUGCAAGAGGACUCCAAAACCAAGGCUCAUGGAUGGACGGUCUCUGCUCAACCACACUGACAUGUGCACCACAAUUGAGAACUGCACCCAGGUCACCUGGUUCCUCCUGCUGGGGCUCACAGACCAGGAAGGGCUCAAGGGCACCCUCUUCGUACUCUUCUUGUUCAUUUACUCAGUCACCCUCGUGGGCAACCUGGGCAUGAUUAUCCUGAUCCACAUGGAGCCACAGCUCCACACGCCCAUGUACUUCUUCCUGAGCAUUCUCUCCUUCAUAGACGCCUCUUUAUCCACCACAGACACCCCCAGACUGCUGGAGAACUUCAUCACCUCAGGCCAGUCCAUCUCCUUUGCUGGCUGUGUGGUCCAAAUGGCCCUCAUGCUUCUCCAAGGUACUGCUGAGUGUUUGCUCCUGGCCAUCAUGGCCUAUGAUCGAUUCGUCGCCAUCUGCCACCCUCUCCUCUACCACUCCAUCAUGUCCUAUCGUCUGCGUGUCCAGCUGGUGGCAGCCACCUAUACAGCUUCUGCUGCCAAUUCAGCUUUGCUAACUGGGUAUGUCUUCAACCUGCCCUACUGUGGCCCCAACGUCAUUAAUCACUAUUUCUGUGACAUCCCCGCUGUGCUUCAACUUGCCUGUGCAGACACUGCUGAGGUUGAAGCCAUCAUCUCCUCAUCUUCUGCCCUGAUUUUCUUCUUUACCGUCACAAUCAUCCUGGUCUCCUAUGCCUACAUCCUGGCGACUAUCUGCAGAAUGCAUUCCCUAGAGGCUCAGAGCAAAGCGCUCUCCACCUGCACCUCCCACCUCACCAUCAUCUGCCUUUUGUAUGGCACACUCAUCUUCAUGUAUACUCAGCCGAGCUCACGCAAUUCCCUGGAACAGAACAAGGUUGUGUCUGUCUUCUACAGUGUGAUCAUCCCUAUGCUGAACCCUCUGAUCUACAGCCUGAGAAAUAAAGAUGUGAAGUCUGCUUUUAAAAGGAGAUACCUUGGCAAGCUACCUUCUUAA